CAAGGAAAGCUCCACGCCAGCUGCAGAUUAAACAUUCUGCUCACACGCACGGGAGCGAGGAAGGAAAAAGACGCGCGGAUUUUUUUUUUAAUUUUGCGCGCAAUUGGAGGAGAAGCGGGAAUAUAGAACACGUGCAAAUUUCCUCUUUUUUUUUAUUUCUUUUUUUUUUUUUUUUUUUUUUUUUUUUUUUUUAAUAUUGCACACCUGUGGAUGCGCUUGAUGUUCCGAUGCUCCGGUUGAUGCCCACGAUGCUGCGUCUGCCCCUCCUGCUGCUCCCCUUGUUCUGCGUCGCCGGCUGCGGCGCGUCGUACGUGCCGUGCGAGCCGUGCGACCCGAAGGCCCGCUCCAUGUGCGCGCCGGUGCCGGCGGGGUGCCAGGCGGUGAAGGAGCCCGGCUGCGGCUGCUGCCUGACGUGCGCGCUGGAGGAGGGCCGGUCGUGCGGCGUGUACACCGGGCCGUGUGCGCGCGGACUGCGCUGCCUCCCCAAGAGCGGCGAGGAGAAGCCGCUGCACGCCCUCUUGCACGGCCGCGGCGUGUGCAGGAACGAGAAGUUGUACAAACUGCUGCACCCUUCCAAAGAGUCCAUGAUGCCCCAGACCAAGGUGCCCAUAUACGGACGGGAUCACAUCAGCAGUCGGAAGGCCCAGGCCAUGAAGCAGGCCAAGGAUCGCAAAAAGCAGCUGGCCAGGGUGGGGACCAACAUCAACCUGGAUCUCCCUCCGCACGGCUUUGGGAAAAUGGAGCCCGAGUUUGGGCCCUGCAGGAGACGCCUGGAUCACCUCAUCCAGAGCAUGAAGGACACCUCCCGGGUCUUGGCUCUGUCCUUGUACAUCCCCAACUGCGACAAAAAAGGCUUCUUCAAGCGCAAACAGUGCAAGCCGUCUCGCGGACGCCGGAGGGGAAUCUGCUGGUGCGUGGACCGCUUCGGCGCCAAGAUCCCGGGCAUCAACUACGCCGGCGGCGACCUGCAGUGCAAAGACUUGGACAGCAGCAGCAACAGGAAUGAGUGAGCUGGGGUCGAACCAGCGCACUGAAUAACUGCCGACCCAGCGAGGUCAUGUGAUGGACUGUUGUUGUCUAAAGGGGAAGCCAAAACUCUUGCUUAUCAGAGGGUAUGUAACUGUGGCUCCCCGGCUAACUGUGUUCAUUUUCUUUAUAUCCUUAGACCAUUGAAUAUAGAGUGCAUAUAUAUGUAUGUAUAUAUAUAUGUAUAUACAGUACAGGCCAAAAAGUUUGGACACACCUUCUCAUUCAAUGCCUUUUCUUUAUUUUCAUGACUAUAUACAUUGUAGAUUGUCACUGAAGUGGAAACCCUUUCAGGUGACUGACUACCUCUUGAAGCUCGUGGAGAGAAUGCCAAGAGUGUGCGAAACAGUAAUCAGAGCAAAGGGUGGCAAUUUUGAAGAAACUAGAAUCUAAAGAAGUGUUUUCAGUUAUUACAUGUGUUCAUUCAUAGUUUUAAAGCCUUCAGUGACAAUCUACAAUGUAAAUAGCCAUGAAAAUAAAGAAAACACAUUGAAUGAGGUGUGUCAAAACUUUUGGCAUGUACUGUAUGUGUAUAUAUAUAUAUACAUACACACAUAU